AUGACGGCCAGCAUGACCUCGACAUAUCCGUUUGAACCGACUCCCCAGUGGACGACAGUAAACCCUACGCCGUUCCUGCCAUUCCGCACGCGCAGCGAAGACCUAGAAAAGCCUCCGUUACCGUCCCCUCCUCGGCACGAGCUGUUCAACGACAAUUAUAUUGUUAGCACUCACCUAGUGCCUGCUGUUUGUCCAAGACUUACUCCAGACAUACCAUUGCCUGUGGGCCCAAAAUUCUCAAUGAAUGACUUAGAACAGAGACAAGAUAUCCAGCGGAUGGCCGUCGAAAUUACUGAGCGACAAGAGAGCUUCGUGCACGGAAGGUUAGGUGGAGAAGGAAGCGAGAAGCUUUUGUGGAACUGCGUCAACCGAUACGCGAGGAGAGGUCAAGAUGGGAGGAAGGGAUUGACAUUGCUCCUCACUCAUGCAAUUGGUUUUCCCAAGGAGACAUGGGAAACAACUCUGCGAUAUUUGUUAUCGUCACCCUCAGCCUCACUGAUCGACGAGGUGUGGUCUUGGGAGGCUGUUCAGCAUGGUGAUGCUGCAUUGGUCAACGAGGCAAAUCUCAGCGGCAUAUAUGAUUGGUUAGACAAUGCACGGGAUAUUGCACACUUCCUGUUACACUACUUACCGGAAGAUGCAUCUUCGAAGGCUUUACCCACUCAUCUACAUCUUUUGCCGGAGAAUAUCAGCGAAUACCGGAAGACUGAAGGAUUUUCAUCCCGAUCCCUGGUCGCUGUCGGGCAUUCAUUCGGGGGCAAUUCUCUGAUACUAGCGGCUGUCAAUUUCCCUGUGCUAUUCUCCUCCAUGAUUCUCGUGGAUCCAGUAGCUGUUCAAUAUGGCACCUAUCCCUCCAGAGUCGUUCCGUUUAAAGUGCCCGGUGCCCUUGGCAGGCGCGAACGAUGGUCGUCGCGUGAGGAGGCAUUACGUUUCUUCAAGGCCUCUCCAUUCUUCGGAGGUUGGCAUCCUGAUGCCCUACAGCUAUAUGUCACAUGUGGCCUCUGCGAGGAUUCACGAGGGGGCGUGAAGUUGAAGAUGUCAGGUCUACACGAGGCUUUGGCGUUCGCAGGUCGUAAUAUCAGAUCGUUUGAAGCAUGGGAGCUGUUGGAAAAGGUAGACGAGCGAAUAGAACUACGUUGGGUUGUUCCGGGGAAGCCUGGAGACAAGGGGUUUAUGGGCGAACAAGCUACGAGGGUCCGAGUGUGGAGAAGGCCCGCUAAUUCAUCUAAUGUAGUAAUCCACUCGGCUGGGCAUCUGAUUCCACAAGAAUCGCCAAAGGAGCUUGCCCAAGAAAUAUCAGCUUUCCUGGAGAGAAAGUAUAGGCUGCGAAGUAAAGCAUACCUGUGA